AUUUACCUUAUAAUAUUUAAAAAUGAACGAAAACGAUUUUGACCUUGAUGACUCUGGAGAAAAGAACCAGUUCAUGCCCAACCAAGACGGCGACCAGCAGGUGGCCAACUUCGAUGACAUCGAUGAUGAUGACGAUGACGACGAAUUCGAAGGGCACCCAGCAGAAGACGAUGAUGAUGAUGACAAUGAAGCAGAGCAAGAUUAUGACCGCCAGGAAUUUGCAUUCGGUGGUGAUAAGAACAGUGAGAGUAAAAACGCUGAUCUUAACACUAAGAAAGUCGAGAAUGACCAAUUCGAUGAAGCUCUUGAAAUCGAUGAUUCCAAUGAAAUUGAAUCUGACGAUGAUGAUAAUGAUGAAGCUAACGAUGCUGUUGCUGCAGUAGGAAUGGAGGAGGAAGAUGAUGAUGGAGAAGAACUCCCAGGUCAGUAUAAUGCUGCGAAUUAUGCUAACCUAAACGUUUCAAAUGAAGUCAAAGAGCUUUUCGAGUACAUUGGAAGAUAUAAGCCCCAGAAAAUCAACCUCGAUACUACAUUUAGACCUUUCAUUCCAGAGUAUAUUCCAUGAGUUGGAGAAGUUGAUGCUUUCUUGAAAAUGCCAAAACCUGACGGAACCGAAGAAGAUCUUGGUAUCACAGUUUUGGAUGAGCCAGCCUUAAACCAUGUUGACCCUUCUGUUUUGGAAAUGAAAUACAUCCAGAAGAAGCAGACUGGGAAAAAGGUUGAAAUCAGCAUCAGAAGCAUCGAGAAUGCAGAAAAGAACCCAAAGGAUAUUCAAAACUGGAUUAAAAAUGUUGCUGAACUUCAUGAAGGACGUCCACCAGCCACAGUUCAGUACACCAAAGUGAUGCCAAACUUUGAUAAUUUAAUGGAAGUCUGGCCUCCUCAGGUUGAGAACAUCUUAAAGCAGACACAGUUCCCAGGGCCUGAAAUUGAUUUGUCAACAGAAGACUAUGCUAAAACAAUUUUGGCUAUGCUUGAUAUCCCUGUUCAUAAUUUGCCUGAAGACAAAGGAAUCAUUGAAGCGCUUCAUAUGAUGUUUACUCUUUACAGUACAUUUAAAGAGAAUCAGCAUUUCCAGAAGCAGCAGCAGCAACAGGUGAUCAAUGAGAGGGAUGGAGACACUGACUUCAUGAAGCUAUAA